CUGUACAGCGCUGAGUACACGUUUCGACCGUAAUUACAUUGACAUAAUUCCCGCAACUGUAACAAUUGGUGUCGGCAAAUUCCCAUUCGGAACCUACACGCGUAUGAGAUAUGUUCGGUUCCUGAAGCCGCCCAAGAUUGAAGGGCGGCAAUUGAAGGCACUGAUCACAAUAGCGAACGAUCUAGGAGAUGAGCUACUCGCUGAGCAUACAAUACUGUAUGCAUGUCUCGUAUCCAAUAGUCAGCCCAGUUGCGUCUACGUUACCAGUACAGUUGCCUGGACGACAUACUCUCGGGCUGUUCCUGUGGUUCUAGAGCUCGGCGAAGCGAGAAUCCAGAUUUGGCCUGCUCGACUAUACGUGGGAGUGCAUCCUCAACCUGAGUCUGACACAAUGAACAAAGUGAUGGGUAAUGGUACAAUUGUGAGGCAAGGCAUCUUGUCGGCAUACAGCACGACCCUGAAUCCUCGCGAUGGGUUGACGAUUGCGGCUCCAUUAGUAGAGCGGAUCUUUACUUCCGAUGCUAGAGGAUGUUUGAGACUAUGGGAAGAAUCAGGGGAGAGUAUAGCGCGGCAUACAUGGGACGCGGGUGUUGCCUUUGCUGCCUUCGUAGAGGCUACUGGUGGAUGUAUUGAUAGCAAGACAUUGCAAGGUACUUCACCCCAAAUGCACAAAACCCCACUCAGGGUCAUCGAGCUCGGAAGCGGCACCGGUGUCGUAGGAUUGAGCAUUGCAAAAUGGCAUCCAAGCGCCAUGGUCGUCCUCACGGAUCGAGGUGAAGCGGAAGCAAUAAUCUUGCAGAACAUUGCUACCAACCAAGGGCUAUCCUCGAAAACCAGCUUUACACGCUUGGAUUGGGAAGAGGAGCUACCUGCCAGGGUCCAGGAGUCCGGCGAUGCGUUCGACGUCGUCGUAGUUGCCGACUGUAUCUACAACAGCGAUACUACUCCUUUUCUAGUUCAAACGCUGGUAAGGUUGGUAGAUCGAUCCCCAUCAGCCAUGAUAAUCAUGACUAUGAAGAUUCGUCACCCUAGCGAGGCCAUUUUCUUCGAGCUAAUGAGGGACAAGGGUUUCGUGGAAUUUGACCAUUCGACACUCCCAAACCCACCUAGCGACGAUGAGCAGAUUGAGAUGCAUCUCUUCCGGCGAGGUGAUGCAUGAGAGGUACAUUGCAUGUCAAGCAUGUCGAUAGGUUAAAUCGAGUGCGGUCCAAUAAAUAAUGCAACUACGUACACUGUAGAAUGGUAUCAGCCCAAGACUAGAAGCGGUAGAAGAUGAUUACGUGUGUUCUGUUCGCGCAUAAGGGAUAGGAAACGUAGGUUCGUUGCAAUCGCAAGUAGGCAAAUUGUGCCGUCUAUCCGCCUGAUACCCCAUUAGCACCAACACCACCACUAUGCGAGGAUGGAUGGAGAAAUGGCGGUAGGGGCUAGAAUUGAUAGUAUUGACGGAAUCGUAGAGGUGAAUGGUGCGGGGAGGAUGGACAUCUACACGAGACGAUCCUGCGAUGUGGCCGGUACCAGGUCUUAGAUUUCAUAGUGUACUAUGGAUUCCUUUGUUUG